AUGACACCUGCACAGUUUGUCCUCUAUGUGAUGUGCUUGUUCUUGGGGAAAAUGGCUCAGAUGAAAGAUCUGAAAUUCUCCUCAUCUGUUCGCCAAGAGAGACAUUUUAUAUCCACUAAUGUUGGUAACACGGUGACUUUGAGAUGUUUCUAUGAAGGUGAUCCUGUAAGGCUUUACUGGUAUAAGCAAACUCUGGGACUGGAACCAAGGCUCAUCUCUACAUUCUACAAGUAUGAAAGAAAUGGCACUUUUUAUAAUGAAUUCAAGAGCAAUUCACGCUUCACACUGGAAACUGGAGAUGGUAAAAAUCACCUGAAGAUAUCAGAUUUACGUAUUUCAGACUCAGGUACUUACUACUGUGCAAGUAGCUAUACAUUUAUUUUUGAAUUUGCGAAGGGUGCUACUGUCAGUGUAAAGGGUUCAGAUUUGAACAUCCAGGCUUUGGUCCGUCAGUCAGAAUCUGAGACCAUCCAGCCAGGAGGCUCUGUGACUCUCAACUGUACAGUACACACUGGGACCUGUGAUGGAGAACACAGUGUUUACUGGUUCAAAAGCUCUGAAGAAUCUCAUCCAGGACUCAUUUACACCCAUGGAGACAGGAAUGAUCAGUGUGAGAGGAAACCCAACACACAAACACACACCUGUGUCUACAACUUGCCAAUGAAGAACCUGAGUCUUUCUCAUGCUGGGACCUACUACUGUGCUGUUGCCUCAUGUGGACACAUACUGUUUGGAAAUGGGACCAAGCUGGACAUUGAACAUGAGGUGGAAUCUCUUGUAUUGGUGUAUGUCUUGAGUGGAGCUCUGACAUUCACUACUAUCUUCAGUGUGUUAUCAGCUUUCUUAGCAUUCAAACUGAACAAGAGAAACCGUCAACAAUCUACAGAACCUCAAGUAAGAUUUUCUUCAAAUUCAGAGGGUUUCCAAGAUGAGGACAACCUCCAUUAUGCUGCUUUAGGGGAAACCAAGGUUAAAGGAUCAAGACGACAGAGGAACACCACAAAGAAUGAAUGUGUGUACUCCACUGUAAAGCAGUAG